AGCAAUCGUUUGCAGUCGGCCGGCCGUCGCCGCGUCAAGCGCAUGCGUAGUGGCCCCGCUACGCUUUUUUGUUUAUCACUAAUAGUAGGACGCGGUAUUGACUCGCGAGUGCCGAUUGGAGACAGUAAAAUAUUUUUAUUGAAAAGUUAAACAGUGACACCUUGAAUGUUUGUGAUAAUAUUAUUAUUGUUAAUAUUCGCAAGACUGCGAGUCCUCGUCGAGUCCAUUGGACAGUUUCUGAUAAGGCGCAGAAGACAAGGAAUGUUAUGUGGACACGAAGAUUUCUCCACGCAUGCUUCACUGCCGUACUACUGGCACUACUCCAGCCUGCAUGUUGUGAUGUUAUCUUCAGAGUACCUGAAGUGUUGGUAAGACACGCAGCAGCGUCGAAGCCGGUGGGCACAGGGAGGGCGAAUGUGACGCGCAACAAUGACACGGAGCAGUGGGCGGACACGCUGCUCGAGGUGCGCUACGAGGAGUACUUCGUCGAGCAUGACGUGUCUACUGGAGACGCGAGGAAGGCUGCCAGGGCUCUGAACGUGGAAGACAUUCCAGUAACGAGACCUGGAUGCGGAACCUGCACCAAGAAAGAGCUGGAGUACUGCGAGACGCGCGUGCUGGCCGACCACUGCUGCUGCGAGAGGCGCUUCCUACCCGAGCCGUUUCCCUGGCUGCCGCACACCUGCUAUGUCGGACCCAACCGCUGCCGGCCACUGGCUCACGACUGCGCGCGAUACGCGAGGCUCAGAGACUGCUGUUGCUACAGAAAGUUAGCUGAGCGAUGGAAGGGCAUUCUGUCGUCGUCGGGACGGCCGGGUGUGGGCGGCGCCGCGCUGCUGUUGCUCUCCGCGCUGCUGGCGCGCCUGUGACGUCAGCCCCUGCCCCCGCACCCACCCGCGCUCGCACCCGCACCCCUCUAGCGCCUGGCUCGCGUGCUGUGACGUCACGGUCUAUCCAUGGUCCGGGUUUGGUUGAUAUCAUAGAAUAUGUUCAUCAAGCUCUUUAUGCAAUUAAUCUAAACAAUGUAGCUUAUGUCAAUACAAAAAAUCCCCGAUCCAAUAUAAUAUGGUAUUAUUACAAAAAGGACAACAGUUCUUAAUUAUUAAUCAAUAAUUGCUUCUUGGACCUGUUGUUGGGAUCAAAAGUCUUGGUUUAUGUUUCUCAAUUCAUGUUUUGUAAUUACUUUAAUGAGCGUGCAUGAGCGGAGAGGCUAGGAUAACGUUGGUGUGAGGGAGACAACGCUAACGAUGGUACAGGGAUAUGAAAUUAUUCAUAAGAUAAGUAAUAACGAAGAGUCUAUACUUGGAUCAGCUAUUCGCUGGGCCCUGGAUUGGAAGGAAGAAACAGACGGAUUCUCAAUCUUUAGGCCGUGGGCGUACUUUGUAUUAUUUAAAGAACACUAACGCGUCUGUGCGAGUGCUCACCGCUGAGCACAUAAGCUCACCUAUGUCUGAACGUGGAUCUAAAUGUUUCGGAAACGUCAUGAGUUUGUGACCCUUUUGAAAUUUUAUUUUUUUAGUAUUUAUUAGUCAUUUUGGCCUAAAGAUAAAGUAUCUAUUAUACACGAAGUACGUCACAUCACAUAAGUAUAGUAACAGUACCUAAAAUGUAUUUUUCUCAAAACGUAAUAUAUAAUAUUAGUCAUAAAUAUAAAUUGAACUUUAUGAUGUAAGAAGUAAAAGCGAUUUUUCUUAACUCUUACGGUAUAAAAACGGAAAACUUGUUGAAGAUACGAUUGUUAUUUUUUGUUUUUUCAAGUCCUGGCCGAUGUCCGUGGACACACAUAGACGACGAGUACACAGCAGUCAAUGACCCCCAUUUUUGUUCUAGUUUUUUUUUUAUUGCUGUUGUAGGCAGACGGCCACGAGCGUACGGUCCACCUGAUGAUGAGUGGUUAUCCAUGGACGUCAGGAAUGUCAAGAUCCAAGCCGCUGCCUACUGUUUUUCAUUCACGAGGGAUAUUGUGAUGAAUGUAAAUCUGUGAGCUUGCUGACUUCAGGCGAAGGUCGACCCA